UGUCAGCCUGCAUGUAACUCCUUGAACCAGUACCCCUGAGCCAGGCGCUCAGUUAAAAUUCAAAUAAAUGUCCAGUUAAGCAUUGCAACAUGUUUCACUUAAUGUGUUACAGAGUUAGUACCACUGCACAAGUGCGUCCCCUUUAUUCGCGAGUCAAUAAAACACAAGACUUGUGGAGACAUUCAAGGAGUCAUUUUAACUCAACUCCAGUGACCAAUGCAGCUAACUUCACUGGACGUGAAAAUGCCAGAAACCGUGUCUGGGGUCUGGCACAGAGAGCAUUUCGACAGUCUACCUGCCGGACAUUGAAAUCUCCAAGAGUAGGUCUGAAAUGGAUUUUAGGACCAGUGGGUCUCACUGUCUCUGCACGACUUUUUGGCAAUGUUGCAUAUUGCCACCUAGAUGUAAAUAACAAUGGUCCAGAAGAAUUUCCAAUCAAAGAAACUGUGGCAGAGUUCAGUUGGGAGGUCCUAUGGGAAUUUGUCAAACCUCAGCUCCUUGCCCUUAUUGGGGCCGUUGUGCUGGCUUUUGGUGCUGCCGUCUUGAACAUUGAAAUACCACUAAUGUUGGGGGAUUUGGUAAAUGUAGUUGCCCGCUACAUGAGAGAGCAUACAGGGAACUACAUGACAGAGAUUAGGAGUCCUGCUCUGAAGCUGCUUGGGUUGUAUGGUCUCCAGGGUCUGCUGACCAGCGGUUACAUAAUUCUGCUGUCCAGGGUAGGAGAAAGAGUGGCAUCAGAUAUGAGAAAGUCCCUUUUCGCCUCUUUACUCAGGCAAGAUGUUGCCUUCUAUGAUGCCAAUAAGACAGGCCAGAUUGUGAACCGUUUAACUGCUGACAUUCAGGAGUUCAAGUCUUCCUUUAAACUAGUCAUCUCUCAGGGCUUGCGGAGUGCCACACAGACAGUUGGGUGUUUUGUGUCCCUCUAUGUCAUCUCCCCCAAACUCACUGGUAUGAUGGUUGUGGUUCUGCCCUGUCUGGUGGGAGCAGGUGCUCUAGUUGGUUCAUUUCUACGCAGGCUGUCCCGCAUGGCUCAGGAUCAGGUGUCUAAAGCAACAGGGGUGGCAGAUGAGGCACUUGGCAACGUACGGACAGUGAAAGCGUUUGCUAUGGAGGAGCGAGAACUUCAGUUAUAUGCCCUAGAGGUGGACAAAUCUUGUGAAAUAAAUGAAUCUCUUGGCUCAGGAAUAGCUGUUUUUCAAGGCCUAUCGAACGUUGUCUUAAACUGUAUUGUACUAGGGACCAUUUUUGCAGGUGGAUCUUUAAUGGCUGGAGAUGAAAUGUCUCCAGGUGACCUUAUGUCUUUCCUGGUGGCCUCCCAAACCGUUCAGAGGUCUUUGGCAAGUAUCUCUAUCCUCUUUGGCCAAAUGGUGAGAGGCAUCAGCUCAGGUGCCCGUGUUUUUGAGUAUUUGGCUUUAGAGCCCACCAUCCCACUGACCGGGGGAGGUCGCAUCCCAUACAAUUCUCUUGUUGGAAGAGUUGACUUCAUGGACAUCUUUUUCAGUUACCCUACAAGACCUGGCCACCAGAUCCUGAAAAACUUCAACCUCACACUACCUCCCAGUAAGACUAUCGCUAUCGUUGGGGAGUCAGGAGGAGGAAAGUCCACUGUUGCUUCCUUGCUGGAGCGUUUCUAUGACCCCAUCGGUGGUGUGAUCAUGCUGGAUGGGCUCGACAUCCGGACCCUCGACCCCUCCUGGCUCAGAGGGCAGGUCAUUGGUUACAUCAAUCAGGAGCCUGUGUUGUUCGGCUGUUCCGUUUUGGAGAAUAUUCGCUUUGGGAAGCCUGAGGCAACUGACGCUGAGGUCAUCAACGCUGCCAAGCAAGCCAAUGCUCACCGCUUCAUCACAGGCUUUCCAGAGGGAUACAACACCGUGGUCGGUGAACGUGGGGCAACUCUGUCAGGGGGACAGAAGCAACGGAUUGCCAUUGCUCGUGCCCUGAUCAAGAACCCCAGCAUCCUGGUGUUGGAUGAGGCCACCAGUGCCCUUGAUGCGGAGUCAGAGCGUGUGGUACAGGAGGCUCUGGACAGGGCCACUACAGGCCGGACCGUACUCAUCAUUGCCCAUCGCCUCAGCACCAUCCAGGGAGCUGACCUCAUCUGUGUCAUGAGCAACGGCCGCAUCGUAGAGGCGGGAUCUCACUUGGACUUGCUGAGCAAAGGAGGACUCUAUGCAGAACUGAUCCGUAGACAAAGAGCAGAGGAAAAGAAAUGAUUGACCAGGCACACUGUACACAUCAACUGAUGUCUGUAACGCAUUUGUGUAACAUGUCCAAUUUUCCCCCAGAAAUCAGAAUAGUCAUGAAAAAAAGAUGUAAAUGUACUGUAAUUUUUUUAGUUUAAUUUAACUAUGAUUCCAUUUAAUACAUCUCAACAUGUAUGAGUGGGCCAACUGGAUAAUGUCUUGCAGCCAAAGGCUGCCUUUAUUGCAACAUGUUUAGAUCUUGAACUGAUUGAGUACUGUUUUAGCAAGGUUAUUUUGAUGCUAGACAUGUAAGUAACUAUGAUCAAUUAAAUAUUUUAUCAUU